AUUCCAGCCCUAGAUCCACAUGACUGGCAAAGAAUGAUAAAUCUCUCCACAAUCCCACCUGUUUGUUUAUUAGAGGACAGAUGCACAUCCUAGGGGAAGAGAGCCCCAUCUGUACAGCUGGCUGUUGCCUGAGCAAUGAUGCAUCAACACAGGAGAGAUGGAUGUGAAUCACAAUGUGAGGACAAACAAAAGCAUCCAUCAGGAUGAGGUUACUGAACUGCCAGUCAUCAUCAAUCAGGCUUUUCAGGGUGCUGCCUGAAUUAACACACAUUAACAUACAGUUGGGAAGAACAUCACUGGCAAUGCACCUUACUUUCUGAUAUCGGCUACUAAAGACAGCUCCCAGUUCCAGAAGAGACUCUAAUAGGAGUAUAUAACAACAAUACCCAGCUUAAGAAAGUAACAUUUGACAAAGCCAUGGCUACAGAUGAAAGGGACACUAAACAGAAUGUUCAGGCUGAGGUACUGGGUACUGAUGCUUCAGAGAAGAUCAAGUCUGGAGGUUUUCUGACUACAUCUGAAAUUGUAGGGAUGAUCAAUUUGUUUAAGAAACCUUACAAGAAAAGGGCAGGGAAGUUCCAGCCUUUCAAGAAGUUUUUUGGUAAAAGGAAAAAGAGAGACGCAACAUCAGACUGCGAGGAAGCCAAAUUGAAACCCAGCCACUCUUUCGGGAAUGUAUGCAAUGGCCUCUCUUCAGAUGAAGAAACAAACAAUGGUUUGAGGUCCUCCAACUAUACUAUGGGCACUCGAGCCUUUUCCCAUGACAGUAUUUUUAUACCUGAUGGGCAAGCAGAGAGUGAGCAGGCAGUCCAAGCAAUGUCACAGGACAAAAUCCUAGGCAAAGUCAAAACCCUUCAGCAACAGUUGUCCAAGACUAUUAAAUUUGGACAAACACCACAAAUGACAAUUUCUGAGAGGACAAUGGAGGAGGCAAAUGCUAGUUUAGAAGAGGACUUAUUACCCAGUAGCCCAAUGGAGAUUGAGACUCAACAGGACACAGUGCUCUCGGACAGUGAUAAUAAAUUAAGUGACACUCCGGACUCAUUAAACCCUCUGAGUGUGCCUGGGAGAGGACAUGAAGUAGAGAAGAAGGUUACUCCAGUCAAAUCGUCUCGGUCAAAAAGACACAUUUCCUCUGGUGGCACAAUUGAAUCAAUCAAUCUUGAUGCGGUCCCCCAGGCAGUCGCUCGUCUUGACAACAGCGCGGCUAAGCACAAGCUCUCCAUAAGGCCAAAAAAACAGAGGCUGUCAAGAAAACACAGAAGAUUAACAAAGGAGUCACAAAGCGUAACAGUGACAGAGUUUGAGCAAGAAAACCCAGAAACCCACCAGUACAGAGAGAGAUACCCAGAUGACAAUGGAUGCAUUGGCACAGCUAAGCCAACCCAGAACAGAGAGGGGCAAAAGCAGCUUGAGUUAGCAGAUGAGAAAAGAAAGCAAGAAGAUCACAGGAGAAUGCUCGAGGCAAAAGAGAAAAGACAAAUUGCAGAAGCAGAGGAAAAAAAACAUCUGGAAGAACAAAGAUGCCAGGAAAUUGAAGAGAUGCAAAGGGAACAGGAGAGAAAGCGUUGUGAGGAAGAGAAAAGGCAGCAUCUUCUUGAGGAGGAGAAACAUUUUAAAAUAAAAGAGCAGAGGCACCAGGAGGAGCAGAAAAGACAACAAGAACGGAGACGACAGGAACUGGAGGAGCAGAAAAGACAACAAGAACGGAGACGACAGGAACUGGAGGAGCAGAAAAGACUGGAAGAACGGAGACGACAGGAACUGGAGGAGCAGAAAAGACUGGAAGAACGGAGACGACAGGAACUGGAGGAGCAGAAAAGACUGGAAGAAUUUAGACAACAGGAACUGGAGGAGCGGAAAAGACUGGAAGAAUUUAGACGACAGGAACUGGAAGAACGGAGACGAGUGGAACUGGAGGAGCAGAAAAUAAAAGAACUGGAAGAACAAAGGUGUCAUGAGAUUGAAAAACAGCAUCAGGAGGAACAAAAAAGACAAGAAUUGGAAGAACAGAGAAAAGAAUUUGAGAAAAGGCAUCUUCAGGCUGAACAGAAGUUGCAGCAGGAGGAAAAAGCUAAGAGACUGGAAGAACAAAGCCAGCAUCAGAAGGAAAAAAAGAAGAGACAAGAAGAACAAACUCUACAAAAACUGGAGAAGCAAAAGACACAGGAAGAACAAAGAAGACAUGAGCCAGCAGAACAAACACACCUGGAGAGUGAAGAGAGAGAACAACAGGGGAAAUUUAAAAUAAGGCAAGAGGAAUCAAAUGAACAAGAACUGAAAGAACAGACAGAAAUACAUGUGGAUGGACAACAGCAUCUGGAAAAGCAAAAAGAACAAGAGCAAGCCAUAAGACAGCAACAGGUCAAAGAAGCAGCAAGUUCUGGGGAUGCUGGUAGGGAAUCCAUGGAGAAGCAGCUUCAAGAAGAAUCAAACCAACAAAAAACAAAACAAUCACAGAAAGGGAAAGAAACAGUGCAAGAAAAGCUAACACCAAAGCAGAAGAGAGAAGUUGAAGCUCAGGAGCAGAAAAUAGGUGAAGAACUAAGAUGGCAGGAAGUAGAUGAAAGGCAGGCUAUGCACAGACCAUUCACAUUUCAAGUGUCAUCGGGAGAGAAACAGAUCAUAUUUCAGAAAGUGAAUUUGAGCCCUGUUACUCCUGUCAAAGAGGAAGCACGACAUUCUACCCUCAAAGAAUCCAAGACCCACAAAUUUAGCAAAGGUUCUACUGCAUUCCCCUACUCUUUGUGUGUCCCACACACAGCUAUUUUGGUUACUGGAGCACAGCUUUGUGGCACUGCCGUAAACCUGAAUCAGAUCAAAGAUACAGCUUGUAAAUCUUUACUUGGUUUGACAGAAGAAAGAAAAAACCUGGAUAUUCCCCCACCAGAAAGCACCCAGAAAACUACUCUUGAUCCCAAAUCUAGCCACAGUAAAAUGAAGUAUACACAGGAGACAUUGAACAACCAGGACAUAUUAGCAGAAUGGGCUUCUAUUAGAUCCAGAAUCCUAAAGAGUGCAGAAAACAGCAAGCUAAAUGAAAAAGACAGAGUAAGUGUCUGUAGAUACAGUGAUGACUGGACACCCAAAGGACGAGGUGCUUCCCAUGGCAAUUUAAGGAAAACCCUUUCUGCAAAUGCAAAAUUUUCCAUAACACCAGCAUGGCAGAAAUUUUCAGAAACCUCAAAAGCCAAUGCAGAUGCUGAGAGUGCAAGUGGUGCAGAAGGUACUGAACCAGAGAACACAAGAAAAAAGACAGAUUUAUCCAAUGAUGCAAAUGAUGAUGUGGCUGCUCACUAUGAGACUCCAGCUUGUAAAGAUAAUGCGACUGAAAUGGCUACAAAGAGCGAAACACACCUUAUAAUGGCAAACAACACAGAAGGCUAUAAGUUUGCCAAAGAUCUUCCAUCUUUCCUUGUUCCAAGCCUCUCUCAUUCUCCAGGAAAAGAACUGCCCCAAUCAGAAUCUCCAGCUACUUUGGAAAGUCAGCAGAACACUGGUACAAGAAAACUGGAUAAAACAGCACCACACGAAGAAGAAAAUAUUUCUCCAUUUGGGAUAAAGUUAAGAAGGACAAACUACUCCUUGCGUUUCCACUAUGAUCAACAGGCGGAGCAAAAGAAAAAGAAAAGAUACAGUGCAGGAGAUAGUUUUGAUGGUGUACUUGCUCCACUAGUUACAACAGAAAGUGGAAAAGAAACCAUUAAUACCACUCUAAAAGACAAUAUAUCCCCUAGCCUAGAGAGAAGGGAUGCCACUGUUAAUGUUUUAAAAGACUCUUCAAAUAAUGUUUUGGAGAACUCAGAAACAACAGUUACACUGUUAUUCCCAUCAAUCAACAGCCAGAUUCCUUUACCUAGUCAUGAGAAACCUGUGUGUAAAUCGUCACUCCAACAGAAACCUGCAUUAGCUCCAAAGCCCACAAACCAGACCCCGCCAUCCUCUCCUCUCUCUAAAAUGAACAGAUCAAAUUUAGCUGACACGUUAGGUCAAAUGGCGGCUAAAUCUGAGUCAGACACCACGUGGAAAAAAGAAGACAGUAAAGUGAAUGUGGUGCACUCACCAGCACAGAAUGAGAACAAAAAUGAAGAGGAAGAAACCAGAGAAAAGAAGUCAUUUUUCCCAUCUAUCACCAUGCCAUGGAGAGAGAAAGCUGACAAAAAGCCUGAGCCACUGAAAAAAGAAAAGCCAGUUCUCCAGAGCAGGCAUUCUUUAGAUGGCUCCAAAUUGAUGGAAAAAGUUGAAUCUGCACAACCGCUGUGGAUUACAUUAGCACUACAAAAGCAAAAGGGAUUUCGUGAGCAGCAAGCUACCAGAGAGGAGAGGAGACAAGCCCGAGAGGCAAAGCAGGCUGAGAAGCUCGCUAAAGAUAAUGCUGCUGUAAGCAAUCAGUCAGAUAAUAAAGGCAGCAAUAUCAGCAAAACAAGUGUACUGCAGAAACCUACACCUCAGGAAGACGAGAAGAAAAUUGAGAUGGCUGUGUCAAGACUAGAACGCAGAGAGCAGCUCAAAAAGUCCAAUACCCUUCCUACUUCUGUGACAGUGGAGAUUUCAGAUUCUGUUCCAUCAAUUCCAUUAGCAAAAGAGGUUACCAAGAGAUUCUCUACUCCUGAUGCUAACCCUGUGUCAACAGAACCAGCCUGGCUGGCCCUAGCCAAGAGGAAAGCAAAAGCCUGGAGUGACUGUCCACAGAUCAUUAAGUAAACUGUAACCUUUUUGCUCUUUACGUUUGUUUCUUAGUUGUAUUCAGCUUUUUACAUAUGACAAAAGAAACUGAACAAAAUUGAAACGCAUUUCCUGAAGGAUUAAAAACCGAACUGAUCACCCUUUCGCUUUAGUUCACUAUAGUGUGUGCUCAUAUCAUAGAUCCUUUUGCUCUGAAAAACUAGGUAGAGUGGGCCCAGGCAUCCAGUUCAGAUCCAAUUUCGCAAAAUUCAGGGCUGCUCAAAUGUGAGAUUUUGGUUUUGCCCAGUAUAAAAAGAGGGGCCAAAACUUCAGAUCAAAAGCUCUUUAAAAUGUUAACAUUUGCAUCUGAGGUUUUGGAUCUCUAUUCUCCAUGCAGACAAAGGAAAGAUUCUGGCCUCUCUGAUAUUAAAAAAAAAUUAUGUAAAAUGCAUGCUCCCUCCUCUGAGCCCCAAUGGUUGCUUUUGAACUCAAGGUUUCAUGCAGUUUAUUUGCAAUUUGAAAACCUCUCCCCAUCCAAGGCAUUUUGGGAGACUUCUUCCCACCUGCAAAUGAAGUGGUAGCAUCCAAUUACUGAGGCACUAUUGGGACUCAACACAAUCGCUGCACCUCCCUCCUCAAAAAGAGGGAAUGAGUUGCCCAUCGUUCUAGUUAACAUAGUCAUAGGGCAAACAAAAUUGAGGGAGCAGGGAUACAAAAAGUGUUUCUCCCGUUCAGAGGUAAAGUCAAUUAUUAGGCAUCCAUGUGCUCAGAGCACACUUGCAAUGUAGGAUCCUAUUCUUACAAAUAUCUGUGUCCAUGAGUAGCUUUACGUAAGGAGUUUCCUUGAGUUCAAAGUGACUGUGUAAAGUUAUUCAUGUGUAAAUGCUUGCAGGAUUGGGGCCUAAAAGCUUAAAAUCAGAAAACCAAGACACUGGGAUCCUCAUGAUAAGGUGAUAACUUAAACUUAUUUAAAAUUCAGUUUCCUGAACAGAGAAUGAAAUGGGUUCUGACGUCUAAUUUUUGCUAAGGUUGUUCCCUGAGUGACUUUAGUACAAGGAAGGUAAGUGAUUUGUCUGGACAACCCAGCUGUAAAAUUUAGUAAAAAAUUUACUUACUUGGGGGGUGGGAGGAAGCAGUUGUUGCAGCUGAACUUUAAAAAAAAACAAACAAACUGUUCUCCAUGUAGUUAAGUGGAAAUGUUCUUUAUUUUAUUUUUUUUAAAGUAGUCUUUAAAAUGUAAUAAAAAUAUUAGCAUCCUUAAAUUUUCUACCCAGGAAGUUGUGCUUUUUUUUAAAAAAUGGCUUUUUACACAUAGUAAGUACAUCAACAAAAAGCAAGCUUCAUCUUCCUAAAAAAAAUUCCUGUGUUUUCAAUGAACUUUGCAUAUUGCUGCAAAUCCCCCUCUGUUGAAGGAUAUAUGUUUUCUUUUGAGUCAUAAGCUAAGUCUACAGCAUUUUAAGAGGAGGCAUUUCAAUAAGGAGAAAUUGCAUUACUACAACACAAUGUAUCUGAUAACUCUUCAUAUUACUUUUGUUUAGCCAAAUUGCUGUACAUCGCACAAGGAGGGGACCACACUGUAAAUAAAGCAGAAAACAAUGAGCCCUGUACUGUCCUUCUUGCUCUAAGAACUGAAAAAAGCUAGUUAGCAAAAGUUAUUGAAUAGACUGCAUCCUAUGUAGGAAACAAAGGUUCAGCAGCACAGUUAAAAUAGCAAACACAACAGACACAUGAGCUUCAAUAGAGGUGCAGCUCAAAAUAGGUUUGUUCUUGUGGCUCUUGCGCAAUCAGUGUUCCACUCUGUUUCAUAUUUAAACUAGAACCUUUAAAAUCUCUAUCCUUGUUCCCAACACAUUAAGUAUUUAAAAUUUGUAUAUCCAGAGGGACAAGUAAGCUCCCUGGUACCUGCACACAACAUAGGACUUCAGUGGGAGCUCUGUGAGAUUAUCUGAAGGGGGGAUUUGGCCCAUAAUAUUUGUGUUUAAUUAGUCCAUAAAGUAGCACUUCUUAAUGUACGUAGCUGGGUUUUGAAGCGUGCAAAAGAGUUGUUCUUGUAAUUAUAACUCUAACCUGCUUGAAAUCCAUCACCAGGAUUUUGGAUGCAGGUUGGGGGUGGGUGGUGUCGUGAAGGAGAUGCAGGAGCUUGGUGGGAGCAGGAGAACAGGCCAACCACAAAGGUAGAGAAAAAAAUAGUAGUCAGGAUCAAGGAACUGAAAAGCAUGUUUAAUGAUUUAUAGAGCAAAAAGUAGGUGCUAUUGUGCAUGACAAAAUGAACUGACCUACCAAAACAACACUCGACACAUUUAUAGCACACAAACAGUUUGAAUUAAUUAAGGAUGGUUGUAAUUUAAAGUUUCAAAGCAGAGUGUUUACAAGUGUAGAGUAUCUAGUAUACUAAAAACUGCACUCGGUAUGUACAGUACUUGCUUGGAAACACUUCUAAAGUCUACAUGUUCAACACUGACAUUUCAUGUAACAUCAACACAAAUUUGCACUAAACACCUGUGAAUUGUUACUUUGCUUUAGCUUUGUUGUGUCUUCUGAACAAAUUGUCAGAAUUCUGUAAAAUAAAAAAAUUACUACUGAAUUUAUUCCAAGCAGCAAAAAUGUUUUAAAAACUGAAUGAACCACUAUGUAGAAGGUCUCAAUUUUUUUUGUGUAAUUUAUAAACACAAAAUACCAUUUAUUCUG